GACACACAUAAAGACCAUAACAACCCUAAUGAAAGAACCCCUCGCUCCUCCUACUCUCUUUUCUAAAUCCCAUAUUAGGGUUUUGGAACUCAUUUCCUAAAGCUUUUAGCCAAGAUAUCGCUCUCUUCAAAUCUCUAAUCCGCUCUCUUUCUGCAAGAAUCUUCCAUCCAUUGAUGGCGAAGAGGAAGUACCCGAAGGUGAGGCCGGCUGUAAAGUUUAUGAAGCCAGUCCCCGACCUCUGCUUCCACUGCCCAUGCUGCGAUCAUGAAACCGGCGUUCUCUGUUACAUGUACUUUGACGAUCGUAUUGGAGAGCUUUAUUGCAGGAUAUGCCAUGCGCGGUAUUCCACUUUGAUCGAUGUAGAUUCCACGGAGCCCAUUGACAUAUAUGAAGAGUGGCUUAAAAACGCAAACGGGCAGGCUAUGCUGAAGUUAAUCCUUGGAAGCAGUUUGCCGAACUCAAGCUAGAUGAGCAAGCAAACCCCUUGAAGAAGCCUCAAGCGGCUGACAAAGGAUGAGGAAGAAGAUUGUCCUGUGAAGAAGCUGGCUAAAAUGAGUCUAGACUCAUUGUAUAUAUGCUUAACCUUGGUGACUUUUGGUGGGGGCAAUGGAUGCAGCCAUUAAGGAGAACUUAGUUAUUUUGUCAGAUGAGCGGUGGUUAGGAAUAACCAGUCGUUGUCGAUAGGAGUCUGUGAGGAUUGUAUCUCAAGGUAUUGUAUAUUGCUCCCCUUACAUCCCGAUAUAAGUACAUAUGAAAGGUUUCCUCAUCAACUGUGAUUUUUCCUCUAUCCAGUUUUAUAGAAAUAGUUCUACCACACUUUACCCGAAAACAUAUUAGGUCCAAUGAGUUAGACUAGAGCAACCCAAAACAAUGGCAUGGCCGAGUGGCUGACAUGACCUAAUAGUACUCAAACCUACUUUAUGUGCAACUUCGGAUAGUGUCUGGACUCAACUUGAUCUAAAUAAGACUUGGAUAUGUAGACUUUUGAGGGAACCUUGACUUCCUACCAUAUUAUAAAUAGGCCAAAGUUUAGAUCAGCACCCUAUAGUUGGGGCCAGGGGUGUAUUUUGAGCAAUGUAGUAUACUUGGGCCUUUGGUGCUGGCAAUG